AUGAUUUCGACUUUAAUAACGAUCGUCUUUUGUUUUAUAUUAAGUCUUUUGUUGUCUCAAGUUAAAACAGAUACAUGUGAUACUUACAAUCAUCCACGACUUGGUCUGGGUCAAUGCAUUGAUCAGAAUCAAUGUCCAAAUUCAUUGUAUAUGUCAGACUUAUGUGAAUCACAUCCAUCGAAUAUCAAAUGUUGUUUUUCAUUAAAUGGCACAAUUAACGAAGAAUUUCGUGCUGUUUGGAUAGCUACAGUUGAUAAUAUCGAUUGGCCAUCGUCUAAAACAGCAUCACCUACUCAGCAACAAACAGAGUUGAUUCAUAUUCUCAAUACUAUUCAACUUCUAAAUAUGAAUGUUGUCAUUUUUCACGUUCGUCCUGCUGGUGAUGCUUUUUAUUCAUCAUCAUUAGAACCAUGGAGUUUUUAUUUAACUGGUACUCAAGGUAUUGCACCAUCACCAUUGUGGGAUCCAUUAGCAUUUAUUAUCGAAGAAGCACAUAAACGAAAUAUUGAAGUACAUGCAUGGCUUAAUCCAUAUCGUGCUCGUAUGACUGGUGCAACUUAUGAAUUAGCACCUACUAAUAUGGCUAAAAGAUUUCCACAAUAUGCUUAUCCAUAUGCAAAUAAUAUAUGGAUGGAUCCUGGUGCAGGUGAAGUUCAAGAAUUUAUUGUUAAUGUAACUACAGAUAUCAUUAGUCGUUAUACUGUUGAUGGUAUUCAUAUGGAUGAUUAUUUUUAUCCAUAUAGUGAUGGUACUGAAUUUCCUGAUGCUACUACCUAUGCUGACUAUCAAAAACAUGGUGGUCAUCUAAAUAAAAGUGAUUGGCGUCGUUCAAAUGUCAAUAACUUGAUUCAAUUGAUGUAUACACGAAUACAUGCUAUUCGACCAAAAGUUAAAUUUGGUGUUUCACCAUUUGGAAUAUGGAAAAGUGGUGUACCAGCUGGUAUAACUGGUCUCUCAUCAUAUGAUAGUUUAUAUUGUGAUAGUCGAAUGUGGUUAGAACAAGGUUUAGUUGAUUAUAUGACACCACAACUUUAUUGGCAAAUCGAUCCACCAGCACAAUCUUAUCCUGUUUUGCUUAAUUGGUGGGUAGAACAAUCAGUCAAAGGUCGUCAUGUUUAUCCAGGUAAUGCACUUUAUCGAACAUUAUCUAACGUUUCUGAUUGGCCAUUGAAUGAAAUUAUUCGUCAAAUAGAUAUAACUCGAUCAAUGAGUAGUCGUCUAGCACUUGGUAAUGUUUUCUUUUCAUUAAGUCAAAUUAUGGAAAAUGUCAAAGGCAUUCAAAAUGAAUUUGCUAUAAUCUAUCAAGAAAAAGCUAUUGUUCCCAAAAUGAAUUGGCUUUAA